AUGUCUCAAGUGUCAAGGAGAGGGCAUAAGGCUUAUGAAUGCCCGAGUAGAAGAAACAUUCUAAUCAAAGAGGAUGGGGGAUAUGAGACUGAAAAAAGUAAACCAAGUGAAGAACAAGAAGAAGACUUUGUAGAGAGUGAAGAAGGAGAAGAGAUGGAGUACAUUAAUAGUGAGGUGAAUUUUGUGGUUAGGAGGUUUAUGCACAUUAAUUUGGGUGACUCUAAUGAAGAACAAAGGGAAAACAUAUUCCAUACUCGGUGUGAGAUUAAGGAUAAAAUUUGUUCUAUGAUAGUUGAUAAUGGGAGUUGUGCUAAUGUUGUGAGUGCAUAUUUGAUGGAAAAGAUAGGGUUGGAAUGGAUGAAGCACCCUAGACCUUAUAGGUUGCAAUGGUUCAAUGAUAGUGGAGAGGUCAAGGUGAACAAGCAAUGCUUGGUCUCCUUUAAGACUGGAAGGUACGCUGACGAAGUUCUAUGUGAUAUAGUACCCAUGCAAGCUUGUCAUAUCUUGUUGGGGAGCCCGUGGCAGUAUGAUAGGAGUGCUUUUCACGAUGGGAGAAAAAAUAGAUACUCUCUUGAGCAUAAUGGCAAGAAGUACAUUCUUGCACCUUUAACUCCUUCCCAAGUGUAUGAAGAUAAAAAAAAGAUGAAAGAAUCAAUGGGGAAACAUGGGGAGGGAUCAAAACGAGAGACUAGAGGAAAAGAAAAAGAGGGAAAAUAUGAAAUGAGGCGUGAGGAGAGAGAGGGAAGCAAUGAGAGAAAGGAAAAGGUGGGGAAGAGUGAAAAAAAGAAAGCAUUGGUGAGAGGAAAAAGGCUAAGAUUGAAAAAAAAGCCUGCUUAUAGGAGAAAUCCCGAAGAAACAAAAGAAUUGCAAAGACAAGUAGAGGAGCUGCUUGAUAAGGGAUUUGUAAGAGAAAGCACGAGUCCCCGUUCUGUACCCGUGCUUUUGGUGCCAAAGAAGGAUGGCACUUGGAGGAUGUGCGUGGACUGCCGUGCCAUCAAUAAAAUAACGGUAAAGUAUCGCCAUCCUAUUCCUCGUUUAGAUGAUAUGCUUGACCAAUUGCAUGGUUCUCAAAUAUUCUCUAAAAUUGAUUUGAUGAGUGGAUAUCACCAAAUUAGAAUGAAACCUGGAGAUGAGUGGAAAACUGCCUUUAAAACUAAAUAUGGAUUGUAUGAAUGGUUAGUGAUGCCAUUCGGGUUAACUAAUGCACCUAGUACAUUCAUGAGAUUAAUGAACCAUAUCUUUAAGGAUUUUCAUGGAAAAUUUGUAGUCGUUUAUUUUGAUGAUAUUCUGAUAUUUUCUAAAUCUUUAGAAGAGUAUCUCGAACAUUUGAAACAAGUUUGUAAUGUGCUUAAGGAGCAACAAUUGUAUGAAAAUCUAUCCAAGUGCACUUUUUGUGUAGAUAAGGUAGUUUUCUUGGGUUUUGUUGUGAGUUCUAGAGGUGUUGAGGUAGAUGAAGAUAAAGUCAAAGCGAUUAAAGAUUGGUCUACACCUAAGAGCAUUACUGAAGUUAGAAGUUUUUAUGGACUUGCUAGCUUUUAUAGGAGAUUUGUUAGAGAUUUUAGUUCCAUUGCUGCUCCUUUAACUGAAGUCAUUAAUAAGGAUAAGUCCUUUGAAAUUGAAUGUGAUGCAUCUGGUAGAGGUAUUGGGGCCGUUUUAACGCAAGAUUCUAAACCAAUCGCUUAUUUUAAUGAGAAGUUGAAUGGGGUUGCAUUGAAUUAUUCUACUUAUGAUAAAGAAUUCUACAAGCAAGGUAAAGACCAUAUAGUUGCCGAUGCGCUUUCAAGAAGGUACGCUCUUGUUUUUACUCUUACUUCUAAAUUGAUGGGAUUUGAUCAUAUUAAGGAUUUAUAUGUUGAUGAUUCUGAUUUUGAUGUAGCAUUUUCGGCAUGUUUAAAUGGUCCUUUUCAGAAGUAUAAUAUGAAAGAUGGGUUUCUUUUUAAAGAGAAUAAGUUUUGUGUCCCUAAAUGUUCUUUGCGAGAAGUUUUUGUGAGGGAAGCGCAUUGUGGGGCCCCUAUGGAAACUUUGAUUUCAUUGAUNCGUACGAGACUUGCAAUUGAGAAGAGGAAUGAGCAAAUAACUUUACGAAGAAAUAAAGGUCGAAAACCAAUUAUCUUCGAGCCUGGUGAUUUGGUUUGGGUUCAUAUGAGGAAGGAGAGAUUUCCUUCAAAAAGGAAGACCAAAUUGCACCCUAGAGGAGAUGGACCAUUUAAAGUACUUGAAAGAAUUGGAGAUAAUGCUUACAAAUUGGACCUUCCAGGUUCAAAUUCGAGGACGAAUUCUUUUCGAGAGGAGGGGAAUCAUAGCUUCAUGGACAAGGAUAAAGCUGUAGAAGCACCAAGAAAGCCAUUCACAACGUCUCAAGCUAAGGAAAAGCAAGACAAGGUUGUUGGGCUUCAAUGGGAGAUCAAGAAGGCGCUAAUGGUGGAAGAAGAGCUCAAAAAUUAUGGAGAGGAUUUAGCUAAGUGCUACACUCAUUUCAUGGUCCAAGUCCAAGUCCAAGAGGAGGUUGAUUGGGGUCCAAGAACCAGCCAAGGAGGGCCUAAAUUAGGCGCCUAA